AUGGGAAAGAAACGAGUUGGCGCACUUGAGAAGGUUGACGCAGAUCUAUCAUAUACUGAGGACUUCCUAAAUCAAUACGGGCAAUACCAAUCGCAGCGCGACAUCUUCCUUGCUUCUCCUACAACUGCAACUUCGUCAGGAAUUAUCUCCUUUCGCGACCUCAUUGAUUUCGUAGCGCAUGUUGCAGACUGUUUUCCGGAAGACACUGCAGAUUUCGCCGAAGACUUAAAGACGAUCCUCACAUUACAUCACGCACAAUUGGAGAGCGAGCUGCGGGAGAAGAUUGUGGGCAGCUUAGUUCUUUUGCGACGGAAAGAUAUCAUUGACUCCUCGAACCUCCUCAAUUCGCUGUUCCCAAUUUUGGUGGCUACCCCGAGCAAGACGUUGAGGACUUUGUUGUUCCAAAAGAUACUUUCGGAUUUACGGACAUCGAAUUCCAAGACCAUAAACCAUCGCCUAAAUCGAACUAUCCAAACCGCGCUCUUCAACCUGCUUACUUCCGAUCGAGCGUCGCCGAAGGGUAUUUGGGCUGUGAAAAUCACCAGAGAAUUAUGGAAGCGCCAAUUAUGGACGGAUACGAAAGCUGUUGAGAUCAUGAAGGAGGCUAGUUUAGCGGACAACGAAAAGGUGAUUGGAGGCGGUGUACGAUUCUUCCUGGGAGGGGACAAAGAGAGAGAAGAGCUUGAUGAUGAAAGUAGUGAUGAUGAAGGCGGAAUUGAUGUUGGCAAGCUGAAGCACCAAGCUGGUAUCAACAAGAAAAGUAACAAGAAAAAGAAGCAUGUGGAGGAAGCCGUGAAAAAAGUCAAGAAGAACGAAAAGAAAAAGAAUCAGCCACAUCCGCUCAACUUCUCCGCCCUACACUUACUACACGAUCCUCAGGGCUUCGCCGAGACUCUGUUUUCGAAGCACUUACAAAAUGGCAAAUCGAAACUCAACCUGGAGCAGAAGUUGCUAGUAUUGUCACUAGUUUCACGACUUGUCGGCUUGCAUAAGUUGACUGUCAUCUCAUUAUACUCCUACUUCAUCAAAUAUCUCACCCCACGACAGCCAUCUGUAACGUCGUUCCUCGCCUGUCUCGCUCAAGCAACGCACAACCUCGUUCCUCCGGAUGCCCUCGAGCCACUCGUGCAGAAAAUCGCCAAUGAAUUCGUUUCAGAAGCAUCUGCAUCAGAAGUUGCAUCAGCUGGCCUCAACGCCAUUCGGGAGAUCUGCGUACGCCAGCCAUUGGCGAUGAAUGAUACCCUCUUACAAGAUUUGGUCAUGUACCGGAAGAGUAAAGACAAGGGUGUCAUGAUGGCUGCAAAGGGACUUCUGUCUCUAUACAGAGAAGUCGGAGCUGAUUUGCUCAAGAAGAGAGACAGAGGAAAGACGGCGACGAUGGGCAUCAAGAGUGGAUCGAUCAAAGAGAGGAGAUUCGGUGAGGAAGAAGUAGGGGGCAUUGAAGGAUUGGAGUUGCUAGAGCAAUGGAAAGCAGACGAGAGGAAGCGUAAACGAGUUGAGCGUGGACUACCCGAAGAAGCUGGUUCUGAUGAGGACGAAGAGGAAGAUGAAGCAGAAGAACAAGCCGGGUGGAAUAAUUGGGAUGCGGAGUCAGAUGCCAGCAAUGAUUCCGGUGGCUGGAUCAACGUCGAAAGCGAUGCCGAGAUCGAGAUUAGCGACAGCGAAGACGAAAAGCCUGCUACUAAGAAGGCCAAACUAGACACAGCUGCCAAAUCCGAAACAGAUGGGGAAAAGGAAAAAGCGGAUGAGGUCCUCGAGCAAAAAAUCUCCAAACUCGCCACCACGAAGAUCCUCACCCCAGCCGAUCUCGCCAAGCUUCAGGAGCUACGGUUAGAAGCAAGUCUAAAUAAGGCUAUGGGCGGCAACAAGAAGUCACAGUCUCAAUACUUGAAAGAACUCGCAGACCGACACGCAGAUGAUCCUUUGACAGCCGAUCAAAUUGAAGGCUUCGCGAAGCUUCGAAAGAGCACGAAGGAGGAGAUGAUUGCGUUGGCGCGGGAGGGCAAGGGUGAUAGGAAUGAGCAUAAGAGUACUCAGGCUAUUAGGAAGUCGAAGAAGGAAGCUGAAGGCAAGAGUACGACGAACAAGGAGAAGUCAAGGAAGAAGAAUUUCUUGAUGACACUUGGCAAGGCAAAGUACAAGCAGAAGAGGAGUUUGACGCAGACUAAGCGGGUAUUGAAGGGUCAUAUUGAGAGGAGUAAAAGAGGUGGCAAGAGAGGUAAUAUUGGAAUGUAG